UCUUCGGCCUCGCCGAACAGAAGCCGUUUGAGUUUCAUCGACACGAAACAUCUCCGGUUUCAGUUUGACAGGCUCCCUGGGUCGCCGAGCCACUUCCCUGUGUAUCCUCAACGUUCCACCCUCGAGUCCUCCGACGGCCCACUCCAGAGAGCAUGGCGUUCCCAUCCACCUAUCAUGCGGACUCUGACGCCGACGAUGAAUAUGAACGCAGCGUCAUAAUGACUUCUCCGCAUCUACCGACAGAUUCUGAAGCAUCCCCCACCGACUCCGAACCCCCUUCAACGGAACCUACACCAACUACUUACGGCAAUCUGGUGGAUGAUCAUCGGUUACCGCGCACAAUCAUCACAGAAUGGACAGCAGAGGAAUGCGCCAAUUUUAUCUCUGGUCUAGGGUUGUCUCAAUACGCUCAUGCGUUCUUGGACAAUGAGAUCGUGGGCGAGGCUCUGAUUGCUUUAAGGCAUGAAGAGCUCAAGGAGAUGGGCAUGGCAAGCGUCGGUCAUCGCCUCACAAUAUUGAAAAAUGUCUACGACGUCAAAGUACAACAGGACAUCCCCAUAGAACAAGAUCACUACGUGCCCUUGUCUGCCGAUGCCAAUGCGCAAGAUGCAACGGUGACGCAGGAUGACAUUGCGCGGAUAAUACAAUCAAUCAGAUUGCGGGAUGAGCGAAUCGUACAAGCAGAGGCGGAGCUGAGGAAAAUCACUGAAGAGUACCGCAGACUACGAGAGGAGCUUCUCCCUGUUUUUCGCAUGGCCAAGGACAGGUCACAACCCCUGCCCAUCCUGGAAUCACAUGGGCAUGAACAAAGCAAGCCAACUUCACCGCCAAUAUUCGCUCCCGAAAAGGUCGGAUCUGGCUUGUCCAGAAAAUUCUCAACGAAGAAACUCUUCUUGGGGGCGACGCCGAAAAACGCCUCCCCUACACAUCUACCUCAGUCAAUACAAGAGGCCAAGACUCCUGCCGAAAGCGCCAGCGUGGACCCUUCAGCGGCAGCAGUGGCGGCUUCAUCUCACUUGACUGCCUCGAUGAAUGGCUAUGCGCAGUCAACCUCGCCCAAUCAAAUCAGUCAGCCUUCGCCAACGUCUCCAGCAUACGGCCCACAGUCUACAUUAGCAUCUCGAUCAUACUCACGAAACGACUCGCUUCCUUCGGGCCGAUACACCACGUCACAGAUCCACGAAGAUGGCCUUCCGCCAUCCUCCUACAACCCUUCAAUAUUUCAAAACGACCGCGACCGAGGAAAUCCAACACCCGGAUCUGCUGGGCUGCGACGCGGAGAUGAGCCGCUGGGACCAGGAUCAGCAAGCGGAGGCGGUAGCUCAGCCCCCGGCGUCGAAAUAUUCAAAUCAUUUCGAGUCUCAAUGGAGGAUCCAUGCCACAAAGUUCUCCCGGCCGCACUUAAAAAGUACAAAAUUGACGCAGAUUGGAGGCAAUAUGCACUUUAUAUCGUCUACGGCGAUCAGGAGCGGUGCUUGGGUCUCGAUGAGCGGCCGUUAAUACUUUUCAAGCAGCUUGACAAAGAGGGGAGGAAGCCCAUGUUCAUGCUUCGCAAGCAUACGGCGCCCAUUGAAGAGCAUCCAGGAAUGACCAGUAAUCAACCCGGUAGCGCAGGGUUAGAUCCCAGUCAGGGUGGCGGGAUGAUGAGUUCUAGGGCUGGCCAAUAUCAAAGUAGUAUCCAAUUACCAGGUGGGGUGCUUUAGUAAGAUGGGGCCUGGUCGUUGGUGGCCUUGUGUUGGCGAAGUCUUAU